AUGGCGGCGGCUAGAAAGUUUCCUCAGUUGAAAGGUAGCAAAGAAUUCUGUUGGACCGAUUCAGGAGUAGCAUUAUGCUGGAUAAAACGAGAGCUAUCAUGGAACACAUAUGUAGGCAACCGUGUAAAAGAAAUAAGACAAAAUACUGAUACCAACAAUUGGAAACACAUUCCAAGUACCGAAAACUGGGCGGAUCUGACAUCGAGGGGGUGCAACGCACGUCAGCUGCUGGAGUCCAAGUGGUGGGAAGGUCCACCGUGGCUGCUACAAGCACCAGAAACGUGGCCAUAUUCAGCACUGAUCGUGGAUGAAAAAGAAGCCAAUAAAGAGCUCAAAAAGACCACCCGGACAAAUACAUGUACCGAACAGAAUGAGAAUUUGAAGACUCCUAUGGUGAUUCCUGCGAAGAAUGAAGUCGUACAGCGUAUGGUUGAGCAGCGUCACGUCCAACUUCUACACGCUGGCACUAACAUGAUGAUUGCUGACUUGAGGAAGAGAUUUUGGAUCAUUGGAAUCAGGAGAUUGGUGCAGUCGGUUAUAGAUAAAUGCAUGUUUUCUAAAAGACACGUAGCGAAACCCACACAAGCAAGUACAGCGCCACUGCCUAUAGAGCGGAUACAACCAAGAGUGCCAUUCCAAGUUAUUAGCGUCGACCUGGCAGCCCCGCUAUAUUUACUCAACGGCGAGAAAUGCUGGAUUGUGGUGUACACCUGGACAUCUUCCGUAACUUACGAAGAGAUACAGACCCUGCUCUGCGGCUGCGAGGCCGUGAUAAAUGACCGCCCGCUCACAUACAUCGAAGGUGAUAACACGGAUUCUUUGGAGCCCUUAAGACCAUCGUGCUUCCUACAGGCAAUUCCACAGUCUCAGGUAACAGAUUUGGAUAAUAUAGACGCGACGAGUCUCAACAGAAGACUGCGGUAUCUACAGAGACUGAGGAACGACUUUCGUCAAAGAUUUAAGAGCGAGUUCUUGAUAGAGCUGGUGCAAAAGGGAAAACAGGAAGAUCAAGGUCUGAAGGUAGGGGAUAUAGUGCUUGUGGAAUCCGAAGCGAAAAGAGUCAAAUGGCCAUUAGGUCGUUUAAUAGAAAUAUAUAGAGGUAAGGACAGGGUAGAUAGAACAGCGAAAACUAUUACGUCUGUUGGAUGUAAGACACGACCAUUCCAACGCCUGUACAAGCUGAAACUGUCUUUCUCUGGGGCGGAGGGAGGAACAGAGGAGAUUAAGGGAACAAGAGAGGCUCAAGUAGACAAUAAAACAUCUCUAGGUAAUAAAUUCUCUAUUGUCCUUUAUCCAAGCAGUACUAUAAUUAAAAAGAGAGUCGCGGUAGACAAGGAGGCACCAGAAAAAACCACCAGACUUGGGAGAACUAUCAGAUUACCGAGUAAGUUUAAAAUAUGA